UGGAUAUCAACAUAACCUUUUUUUAAUUUUGCGUUUUCUAAUUUUAUUCUGUAAGCAGAUAUUAAAUCUUGUCUAUAUUAAGGCAACAUUUGUUAACUUCAAACAUUCUCAAAUAACACGACUACAUGAAGAAAUAAUAUUUUGGCUUCACCGUGACGUGAUGUCAAUAUUUUUUUUGUUUUUUUAGACGUCCCAAAAAUGUGAAUGCACCGUUCUGAAAUCUCGAAAUUAAACAUGAUACUUUCGCGUGUACGCCACCCAAAAUUCACCGUAAAAAACUUUACAAUCGUGCGGACUUAUUACAAUGUCAAGAGAAAGGUCAAAGUGGACGAGGACUACCUAGCCAAGCACAUCCACCAAAAGAUCAGAGCUAAGGGGCCAGUGACUGUAGCAGAAUACAUGAAGGAGGUACUGACCAAUCCAAUGGCUGGGUAUUACAUGCACAAGGACAUGUUUGGUGAUACGGGAGACUUUGUUACUUCGCCCGAAAUCACACAGAUGUUCGGCGAGAUAAUAGCGGUUUGGUUUCUCAACGAGUGGCAGAAGAUGGGGUCUCCCAAGCCGGUGCAGAUUGUGGAGCUUGGGCCAGGCAGAGGUACGUUGUGUAACGAUAUUUUACGGGUGUUUAGCCAUUUCAAGGCCCUGCACAAAGCUAGCCUCCAUCUAGUCGAGAUCAGUCCUACUUUGAGUGAGGUGCAGGCGAAGCAGUUGUGUAACGAGACGAAUCCUACCCCCGAAAGUGACACCGUGUAUAAGAGAGGGAUGUCCCACCACGGGAUCCCCGUAUUCUGGCACAAACAGCUGGAAGACGUCCCCCACUCCUUCAGCUUGAUCGUGGCGCACGAGUUUUUCGACGCGCUGCCCAUACACAAGUUCCACAAGACUUUCAACGGGUACAAGGAGGUGCUCAUCGACAUUGAUUGUGACGAGACCACCGACAGCCUGCCAAAAUUCAGGUACACCCUGGCCCGCAACGAGACCCCAAUGAGCAAGUUGCUGGUGAAGCCAGACGAGACCCGGGAACACGUCGAGAUAUCCCCCGACAGCAUCGCGAUCUUUAGGACCAUCUGCGAGAGGGUCAAGUUCUCGGGCGGCAUCGCCCUGGUCUGCGACUACGGCCACAACGGCACCGGCACCGACACGUUCCGCGCCUUCAAGAAGCACCAACAGGUGGACCCGCUGGUGUUGCCCGGGACGGCGGAUCUCACCGCCGACGUCGACUUCAGUCUGUUGAGGAACGUCGCGAACGAGGUAGAUGGCGUCAUUACGCUGGGCCCCUCCACUCAGAAGAACUUCCUGUUGAAGACCGGGCUGGAGUACAGGUUCAAGGCUCUGGCCAGGAACAUCGAAGACAAAGACCAGCUGGAGAAUCUGACGGAGUGUUAUAAUUUCUUGGUGGACGAGGAGAAGAUGGGGGAGAGGUUCAAGUUCUGCGCGCUGUUCCCGGAGACGGCAAGGAAGAUUCUCAACAAGGCGGCCGUGGUGGGGUUCUCGUGGCAGUAGGUGGCGUUGGUUUUACGAUAAAAAUCUGUGAUGUUCUGUUUUGGUAAAAUAAAUUAUUUAUUUCGUGUUU